AUGCUUCGCUCACCGCAGCCUCGUUUUCCCCAACAACCAAUGGGUGGUUAUCAACAACAACAACCACCACCGCCACAUCAACAACAACAACAACAACAACAACCUCAACCUCAGCGACCCUUGAGUAACCAAGUUCCUCAAGAAAAUGUACAACAGCCACAAGAACACCAAGAUGUAGUCCAUGACACACAGUUUGAUUAUUACGGACAGUUACUUGCAACAGCCAGUUCAGAUCGCACUAUAGGAAUUCACCAAGUUCGUAAUGGUCAACUUCAGCGAAUUUCCACUCUUACUGGUCAUGAGGGUCCUGUAUGGAUGGUAAGCUGGGCCCAUCCACGUUUUGGUCUUGCAUUGGCAUCAGCUGGAUAUGAUCACAGAGCGAUCAUAUGGAAAGAAGUACCUCAAGGUUCACAACAAUGGCGACCUGUUCACGUUAUCGAUUGUCACCACGGCAGUGUAAACGCUGUCCAAUGGGCACCCGAGAGUCCAAUGGUGGCAACUGCCAGCAGUGAUGGUACAGUGGCAGUUACGGUUUAUCAAGGUGGAGUCUGGCGUGAGAGUGUGAAACUCAGCAAUAAUAGUAAUAAUAUUGCCCAUGCGAUGGGAGCGACGUGUGUCUCCUUUGCCCCAAUCUGGUCACCCCAGGCUGAUGUUAUUUUAUUGGCAUCUGGUGGUUGUGACUCACAAGUCCGUUUGUGGUGCUCGCGUGAGGGGGAUCCGAUGUCGCAGACGUUUGAACUCCUCGAGUUGCUUGAUGGACAUACGGACUGGGUUCGUGAUGUCGCCUUCGCCCCUCUUUGCGCCGCAACACGUCAUGCCGUUGUAGCCUCCUGUGGUCAAGAUAAAAGUGUCAUUAUUCAUCGCAAACCAUGGGAACAAGUUGGGGCUGCCAUUCAAGAGCGGCAGCAAGGUGGAUCUGCAAAUGGGCAGCAGCAGAUAAAAGAAAGUGGUAGUACGUGGGAACGCAGUGUGGUGCUUUUUAAUGAACCUGUUUGGCGUCUCUCAUGGUCCCCAACAGGAGAGAUGUUGGUGGUUACAACAGGUAACUCAGAGGUGUUCAUUCUUCGUGAAGCGGCUGAAUUCACACAACCGUGGCUAAAAACUCCUCUCAGCGAGUAUCAAGGAACCAAAUAA